GUUACAUAACAACGCACACAGUUUGCUGAUAUAUCGUGCACAAAGGGAAACGCGCUGAGGCCUCUGCCUAGUAGCUGGGCCCUUUGAAGAGCCAUCGCGCGAAGUGUUGCGGACGCCCUCUGUUGUCAGGACUAGUUCAAGAUGCCUAUCAGAAUACCUUCAUUGAUGCGAGAGAGUAACAGUCAAGCAAAAUUCAGAAUACAUCUGGAUGCGGCGGUUCGGAGCGCUGCUCCCGGCGCGCGGGUGGAUGUGGUGGCUAUGGAGGCCAUGGUCAAUCUGGUGCGGUCCAAGGAGGUUAACCCAGGUGAGGCUCUGAGCUGCUUCAAAACUGACCUGCGUGAGGGGACGCCGGACGAGCAGCACCGAGCCCUGCUGGUGCUGGCUCAGUUCGUGGGCACGGACCCCCACCUGGGCAACCUGCUGCACAUGGAGCUGGCCAGCAAGCGGUGGCGCGAGCGCUUCGUGCAGCUGGCGCAGUCGCCGCACCCAGACGUGAAGCCGCUGCUGAUCAGCACGCUGCAGGGCUGGGCCGCCAGCUACCGGGCACAUGACAUCGGCAUCCACUACCAGGCCACGCUGCGGGAGAUUGAGGGCGGCGCCUUUCGCGGCGGGGGCUACGCCGCACAGCACACGGGGUACAGCACACAGUACACUGGGUACAGCGCACAGGCCACGGGGGCGGGCGGCUACCCGCCCGGUCCCCCGCCACCCUCAGGCUACCCCACCGCGGGGACCCCGGUGGGCUACCCGCCCUACGGCGCACCCUAUGGCGCCGCGGCCGUGCCGGCGCCCUACCCGCCGGCACCCCAGCCGUCGUUUGGCCGCAACGCCAGCCCCGCAGACGUUUCGAAUAAGCUUGACCAGCUGAGCAGCGAGGUGGAGCAGCUGCGCGGCGCCAUCCGGGCCUUCGAGGCCGCCCUGGCUGACUACAAGGCGCAGCGCGCGCCCUUCGCCGCGCUCAGUGGGGCGCUGGAGCGCGGGCAGCGCACCGCCGACCGCUGCAGCAGCCUGCAGGUCCAGAUCGAGAACCUGGUGGGCCACUCCGACGGCGGCGACGAGGGCCUCAUGGCGCGCCUGUUCUCCACCAACGACUCGGCCGUGGCGGCGCUGGAGCAGUGGAAGCGCCUGUCCAACCAGGAGCUGGCGCCGGAGGACGCGGCGCCUGGCGCGAGCUCGCCCGCUGGAGCUGCCGCCGCCGCGGCUCCGGCGGCGGCACCUCCGCCUCCGCCGCCCAAGCCCGCGCCAACGCCUCUGGAUCUCCUGCUGGGCGACGAGAUCAUCAACCCCACGCCCACGCCGCAGCCGCCGCCUCGGCCGGCCUUUGCAAACGGCACAGGUGCUGGGCCGUCGGGCUACGCCGCGCCGGCCGCGGCCGCUUCAGCGGCGGCGGUGUUUGAUGCGUUCAGCGCUGCCGCUGCGGGGCCGUCGGCGGGCGCCGUGACGUUGCCGCCGAGCACCCCGGUGGUUCCGGCCUCAGACAUGGAGGGGCUGCGGGCGCAGGUGCUGGCUCUGUCCGCCGAUCUGGACAAACAGCGCAAGGUGCAUGUCACCGCAAUGGAGGCGCAGGAGGCUUUCCACAGGGGCGAGCUGGCGCAGGCCAAGGCGCGCAUCGCGGAACUGGAGGCAACGCUCGCGCGGCAACAGUCGGGAGGCGCAGCAGCUGCGCCCGCGGCCCCCGCGCCGGCGCCCUACGGAAACGCCUACGGUGCACCCUUUGGCGUUUCGGCCCCGAUUCCCGCCUCCGUGUUCCCGCCCAUGCCUACCACCGCGCCCGCGGCCGUGAGCAACAACCCCUUCGCCACCUUCGUCGGCCCCGUCGGCGGCUACGGCUCGGCGCCGCCGCCUGCUCCGUCGGCGGCUCCGGCCGCCGCGCCGCCGGCGGCCGCCAUGGGCUCUCUGCAGCUCAACAUGACCGUGCCGCCGCAGCCGCCAGCACCGGCGCCCGCUCCCGCGGGUGACAUCAUGAAUGCCUUCGAUGAGCUCGCCGCAGCCACGAGCCUCAAGGCAUCUGGCGGCGGCGGUGGCGCGCCCGUGCCCAUGGCUGCGGUGGCGCCGCAGCCGACGCCGGCGGCGGCGCCCGCCGCUGCAGCGCCUGGCGGCGCGGGUGCGGGCGCGGGCUCGUGGGUAAACUUCGGGCACUGAGUGGCGCCCUGGGCGUAUUUGUACGGGCUGGUACCAGGAGAGUGUGUCGGUGGUGUUGGGCGACGGCGGAAGAGCAGCGUGUGCGGCUGCAUGUACGAGAGGUGUGGUUCUCAGUUUGGAACUUUGGGAUAUCUGGGCAUGCUGCAGUGUUCAGUAGGUUGGGCAGCCUAACAAAUGCAUCGCCGAAAUGCACAUCAUCGGACUGGAACGCUUUUGACGUUGUGCAAUGGACGGGCCUAUGCCGUCCGACCACGGCGCGUGCACGUCGUCUUGAAGGUUACAUGUGAUGUACGGUAGUGUCGGGGUACAGCGGGGCCCCACGAGCUGCAGGGCUGCCAGCAGGUCUGUGACGUGUCACACGGGAGCACAUGGACGUGCCUUGCCAGUUGACGGGAAUGAAAUGCCAUGUCCGGUAGAACCGCACGGAUGACCCUAGGCUCUGGGUGAGCCGGAGCCUAGGGCAGAGCGGAUGGAGAAUAAUCUGCAGGAAGUUAAAUAUGUGUGGAAGCGACAGUACGACACGGCCCGACCAAGUGACCAACAACAGUUUCUUACCAUGAUUGCAAUGUUACAGGAGAGGACACCCCCCCCCCGCAUGCAAGCACGCCGAAUGGUGCCUGGAUUCACAAAAGGCUUGCUCUGGAGUCCGGGGCAUUGCUGGAGUGUGAGGAGACAAGACCAUGUGCUAGGGCACGCCAUACUGUGUGUGCCGAGUACCGUACAGGAGGUAGCGUGGCAGUCAGCAGCUGCGUGAGUGUGAGCGGGUAGUUGUACGGCGGCCUGGCUUGGAAGCUACCUGACUGUGGUGACGCACACGGGCAGUUGGCGCUAGUCGGCAGGCGCGCGAGUGGGAGCUGGCAGUUGAGCGCGCAUGCGUGUGGGAAGCUGCGUCUGAGCACGGUGGAGCACGGCAGAGGCUGGCGGUUGGCGCGUUGCGCGAGUGGGAGUGCAUAGUCGUGCGAGAGGCCGUUGGGGAAGCCGUGUGUGUGAGCUGCGUGUAAACUCAGAGAGAC